UUCUACUUGGCUACAGAUUAUACUUCUUAUCCAGGUAUCGAUUACCACCUUGGCCAUGCUACCAAAACCACUUAGUUACAUAGAAUGGUUUGCCUGCUAUAUUGAUCUGUUGGAAAUUCCCAGCAUUGCAUCGCAUAAGGCACACCCCCUGGUGAAUUCCCCCAUACAAGUUUAUAAGCAGCUCAGCUGGAGCAGGUUGGCAUGAAUCAAAAAAGCCAUUCUUCUGAUACACAUAAUAUCACCAGCAGAAGGAUCAUGGUUGGCUUCAGCCAGACGAAUGCAGCCUUAUCUCUUUUGAUGGGUUUGUUUCUGCUCUUGGGCAUUACUGAAGCACAAAGCAACCAAGAUUGCUGCCUUUCUUACACCAAGAAGCCGCUGCCACGACGGGCCAUCAUAGGAUUUUCAGAACAACUGUCCAGUGAAGUCUGUGACAUCAAUGCUGUCAUUUUUCUUACCAGGAAUGGAAUGAGAGCUUGUGCAAAUCCCAAAGAGCAGUGGGUGAAGAAGCAGCUCCAGUGGUUGAGUAUUAAACUCAAGAAGAUGUCAAAAUUGCACAAUUUCUGAAAGGAAAGAAGAGGCAAAGGCAGACCAAAGAACCUAAACUAGGUUGGAAUUGUUUCUCUGUACACUAUUGUGUGCGUUCUGACUUUUAAACACUGAAUUCUCUGGAACCACAAAAAGUGAUUCAUAUUGCAUCAGUUACUGUUUUGAAGUUUCUUUGCUUGUUUAUACGGUUUCAUGUUUGUGACCAACAGAUAAAUAUUAAAUUGUAUUAUAUGCAUAAUGUGACUCAUUGGAUGUAGCAUACAUCCUGUCAUAUGAUACAUAUACUUUAUACAGAUCUGGAUAGACCUGUCAUAUGAUACAUAUACUUUAUACAGAUCUGGAUAGACCUGUCAUAUGAUACAUAUACUUUAUACAGAUCUGGAUAUGGCAUUGCCACUCAGUGGAGGCUUCUGUUAUUACAGUGCAUACAGUUGUCAUUUGCAACAUUUUAUUAUGUAUUAUUAUAGUCUUUGGAUUGGUGGACUUUGCUUUUAUAUUUCUUUAAAAUGAAUAUCAUGUAAUUAUUCAUACCAUUGGCUAACUGUUCAUCAAAUGGUUCUAAGUAAUGCUGUAAUAUAUUAAGUUCAUGCAUGUAAGCUGAAACAUACAUAAUAUUUAAGUGUACAUGAAAAAGGUACAAUACAAACAUAUAAACUUAUG